CUUGCUGCUGACUUAUGAGGCUUUCAGUUGGCGUGCUCAGUGAAAAACGGUUCACAUGAGAGGAUGAUAAAUGUCAGGAAAUCCUUUUUCAGCCUUUUCGGGUUGUAUCUGACAUUUUCGAACACCGAAUGUUGCUUUGACGAUGGCUGUUAUCUGCCAAAACCAAACAUCACUCUGAAAGCUAUUAAUGACAAGCAGACCCUUGUGGUGAGCUGGUUGGUAAAACACAGCAGUUUUGUAGGUGACAUUUAUGAGAUCGAGCUCAGCCGCACUGAACAGCUCACCGUUAUUUACACUAAAAAUGUGAGCGUAUCACCUGGAGUUUCGGCCGAAUACACAUGGACAUGGAUCUCUGAUCUGCCUCUGGAGUGUGUUGAUCACUCUGUCAGAAUGCGAUACUAUAAUCAGUCUGACCAGAGUCCUUGGAGCAACUGGAUAACCAACUCUGGAUUCAAAGCAAACGAUGAGAUCCACAUUUUUCCCUCCAGCCGUGUGCUGAGGCAGGGCAGCAGUGCCAUGUUCUGCUGUAUUCCCCCAACAGGGGUGAACGUUAAAAGAAUGACCUUCAGGAACAAGGAAUACCGUCUUUUGAGCAUUGGAGGUGGAGUAAAAGCUAUUACUGUAAACAACCUCACUAUCCCAAAAGGAAUAAUUAAGCAUUUGUUACUGACCUGCGAUGAUGCAACAGGCAACAGUGUUCAUGUCUCGAACUAUAUCAGUUUUCCACCCCAGAAACCCAGAAACGUCGGCUGUGUAACCUUUGACAUGGUAUCUGUCAGCUGCACCUGGGAUUCACCCAGAAAGCGACUCCUGCAUGAUCGCAACGUGCAAAUUUACACUCUCCACAUAGAAAACUCAGACAAGUCUCCCUUCACCUGUGAGCAGUCAUCAUGUACUUUUCCAGCUGUGCCACACCUGCAAAAUUAUAACAUCAGUGUGUGGGUGAAGGACAAGCUAGGAGAGGAGAUGGAACGUUAUAGCUUCAACAUCUCUGACAGAGUGUUUCCUGUUGUGAAGUCGCUGAGUGUGAACCGCGGGGUGACAGAGGCCACAGUGUCCUGGAGCAUGCAGGAAAGCUUGACUCAUGUGAACCUUAUCUGUCAGGUCGCUACAGUCCCACUCGGCACCGUGGAGCUGAGGUGCAACAACAUUAUGAGCAGUUUCUGCGACACAAAACUGGAGCACCUGGUUCCCAACACGAAGUACAAUGUCAGAGUACGCUGCACUGUCAAUGGACGACUCUGGGGAGAAUGGGCAGAAGAAACCUUCAUAACAGAUCCACUGGUGUCCUUGGAUUUAUGGAGAAGAAUACAGCCGCUGUCUAACUCGCGCACCCGUCAAGUUACUCUGAUGUGGAAGCCAUGUAUUGCUGGCACAGCAGCCACAAUAAACAUACAAGAGUACACGGUUCAGUGGUCACAGGAAGGCCAAACAGAGUCGAAGAACAGCAGCGUGGGCCAGGCAGUGGUGUCCAUUGGCCCAGGAAAGUGUGACUUCACUGUCCAGGCUGUCCUCCCCUCUGGCACCUCCAUCCCCGCCAACAUCACCAUCCCACCAGCAGAGCACAAAGAAAAUCUCCCAGUACAGAAGCGUUUAGACAGCACCAGCGAGGGUGGUUUCAAUCUGGCAUGGGACGAUCAGAGCACUGCCACCUGUGGCUAUGUUGUGGAGUGGUGCAUGCUGGGAAAUGCAGUGCCUUGCACUCCGCAGUGGAAAGUGCCAGAGGGAAAUAAUGCAUUGUUAUUACAUGCUAGUAAAUUCCGAGCAGGUCACAGGUAUACGUUUUAUAUUUAUGGAUGCACGGACAAUGGAUAUAGACUACUGGAGAUACAGACUGGUUACUCACAGGAAUUCAAUUCUGUUCAGCGCCCAAGUCUGGUUGAACCUGUUCAGAGUACUUCCUCUUCUGUGACACUGGAGUGGCAUUACAAUGAAGAUGAUCCAGCUCAGCCAGCAUUCAUCAUGGGGUACCUGGUUACAGUGCAGGAAGUAGGAUCUGUUUGGCUGCCAGAUCGGUCCAAUGUCUCAGUUGCAGAUCCCCACGUGAAGUUUGUGACCAUAGAGAGUCUGAAGGAGAACACAGAGUAUACUUGCUCUGUGAGUGCUCUCACUAAAGAGGGGCCUGGGCUACCAGCCAACAUUACCUUCAGAACCAAAAUCAACUACUCUUCUCUCAUAAUCAAGGUACUGACUCCCAUCUUUUUACUCAUGGGCUUCACUGUUCUCCUGUGGUCCCAAGUGAAAAUGUGA